ACCGAAUGGGGCAUUCAACAAGGGUGAUACUCGCUGCCAUUUGAGUGUGUUUUCCUAAACUGAAAUUCUGUGUUCGAGAGGCUUUUGUUGACUCUUGAUAUGGAUCCGGGUUGAAACGGGAUUGUCGGGGAUUUGGAUGUGGAUUAGAAUGCUGAUGUGGAGCUCCUGAGCUUUGGGUCGUAGCACGCUGUAGCAGGACCACAUGGACAUGUUUGGGUUCUCGAAGAUGCCAAAGCUGUCGGGCCAUAAGAACAAAAUGUCGGGCUGGCCGCCCCCUGGCCCAGGCUCCUGGGGUGGACUGCAGGGGUCCCCAUACAGCUGGGACAGCAUGACCAGCACCAGGGAGGGACGGGACUGCCUCACCACCCAAGUGUCCCAGAGCAGCUCCCUGGAGGAGGUUCACCUGGAUGGGGUCCCACCCACCCCUCGCCUGGUGGAGAUGAGACGGGACCCAGUCCUGGGCUUCGGCUUUGUGGCAGGCAGUGAGAAACCGGUGGUGGUCCGCUCUGUCACACCAGGUGGUCCAUCAGAGGGGAAGCUGUUGCCUGGGGAUGAGAUCAUCAUGAUCAACGAUGAGGCCGUCAGCUCAGCUCCAAGAGAACGAGUCAUCGACCUUGUCAGGAGCUGCAAAGAAUCCAUCAUGUUGACUGUUGUCCAACCGUAUCCUUCCCCUAAAUCGGCGUUCAUCAGUGCAGCCAAAAAAGCCAUGCUCAAGUCCAAUCCGGUCAAAGUGCGCUUUGCAGAGGAGGUCAUUAUAAACGGCCAGGUUCCAAACCCGGUGAAGGACAACUCUCUUCUGUUCAUGCCAAAUGUCCUGAAGGUCUACCUGGAGAACGGGCAGACAAAGUCUUUUCGCUUUGACAGCAGUACCUCUAUCAAGGAUGUGAUCCUGACUCUGCAAGAGAAGCUGUCAAUCAAGUGCAUCGAGCACUUCUCCCUGGUGUUGGAGCACAGGACGGAAGGCUCUGGAAGCAAACUGCUUCUCCUGCAUGAACAGGAGAUGCUUACUCAGGUGACCCAGAGGCCCGGCUGUGACAAGAUGAAGUGUUUCUUUAGGAUCAGCUUCGUGCCCAGGGACCCUGUGGAGCUGCUGCGGCGAGACGCUGUGGCAUUUGAAUACCUCUAUGUACAGAGUUGUAACGACGUGGUCUUGGAGCGGUUCGGCCCGGAGCUGAAGUAUGAUGCCGCGUUACGAUUGGCUGCUCUGCAGAUGUACAUCCUCACGAUGACAACCAGGCAGAGUCAGAAGGUUUCCCUGAAAUACAUCCAAAAGGAGUGGGGUCUGCCGCUGUUUCUGCCUCCUGUUGUGCUGUCCAGCAUGAAGGAGAAAAACAUCAAGAAGGCUCUGACACACAUCCUCAAAACCAACCAGAACCUCGUGCCUCCAGGGAAAAAACUGACUGCUUUGCAGGCCAAGGUGCAUUACCUGAGGUACCUCAGCGAACUCAAACUCUACGGAGGGAGGGAGUUCAAAUCAAUACUUUUGCAAGGGGAGAAGCAGACAGACGUGACGCUGUUAGUGGGCCCACGCUACGGCAUCAGUCAUGUUAUCAAUACCCGGACCAACCUAGUGGCCCUACUGGCCGAUUUCAGCCACGUCAACCGCAUCGAGAUCCUCACUGAGGAUGAGACCAACGUCCGACUUGAGCUACAUGUUCUAGAUGUCAGGCCUAUCACACUAAUCAUGGAGUCCAGUGAUGCAAUGAACCUGGCCUGCCUAACAGCAGGCUACUACCGCCUCCUAGUGGAUUCAAGGAGAUCUAUCUUCAGCAUGCCUCACUGCAAUAGCACAGGAGGGGAUGACACAAGUCAGGAUCGAGUCCUGGAGUGGCCGUAUAGCACAUCUUUGGGGGACAACGAGGAGCCGUCAGCCAGCCAGGGAGAGGUCUAUAACAGGGACUCUGAGUAUUCGGACAACGGACGGAGAGAAAACAGCAUCUCUCCUUACUUUCAUGAACCCCAAAACCAAGACAGAGACCCUGGGACACGGAGAAGUCCGUUGCCACCUCCUCUUCCACCUGCCACCAGACACAAACCUCAAGACUCACCUCGGAGCGCCAAAGUGUCAUUUAUUUUUGGGGGGGACCCACCUUUGAACAAGCCUAAGAACUCAGGCUAUGAAAGACUGUUAGAGAGCCCUGAGGUGCCCGAGCACAGACCGGCCUACUUGCACAACAACACAGACUUUCGGCCACAGGACAGGGUGCCAUUUCAGUUCAGUGGUCUGGCACAUGUCUAUAGUAACAUUAUAACUGAGGAAGGUGGCGAGGAACCACUGCUGAGGGAUCUGUUUUAUCAUAACACAACAGACGAUGCAGAGGAUGACGACGAUGCUUCCUGCGAAGAAGAUUCCACAGGAGGGACACCUGUAAGUGAGGACAGAGGAGGUGGAGAUGGAAACUGUGGCAACCAAGGAGGGGGGUUAACCACAGCAGCCGGCAAAGCUUCCUUCCUCACGCUUUCUGGUUCCACGGAUGACAUCAUCGACCUGACAUCACUGCCUCCCCCUGAGGGAGACGACUGCGUCGACGACGACGAAGACGACACACUGUUGCAGACACUCAAUCUUGCAAUCGCAGCUCCACCACCAGGCUUCCGGGACAGUUCAGAUGAGGACGCAGCACCCGAGGGAAGGCCGCUAAGCACACAGGACAACGAUGACAUACCGGUGUCGUUAAUUGAUGCCAUCCCGACACAUGGGGAGGGGGAAGGAAGCAGGGGAGGGGAGAGGAGGCUGGAUAGUGCGGUCAUGAAUACUCUACAAGCACUGGAGGCUCUCUCUGUCUCUGAACAGAGGCCUCCCCCACCACCACCCGGCAGUAACAAUCCAGGUGUUUACACUUCUCAAGGCUUUAGCCAAGAGUCGUCCUCAGAUUCCGGCAAUGAGACUAACUCCUCAGAGAUGACUGAAAUCUCUGAACUGGCAGCUUCUCACAGGCUAAACGAGAGCCACAUGCGUCUUCUGGUGGCCACAAGGGAAGGGUACCAACCUUUACUUGAGGAGAAAACAGAAUUCCCGGUCUCACCCAGCACAGUAGGAACGAUACAGAAGAAACCCCGAAGUCCAACACGGCACCUUCAGCCUCCAGCAGUUCCUCCAAGACGGAGCCCUCUGUUGGACACUGCAUCAUCAGGGCUGGACAACUUGACGGUGAGAUCCCAGACUAACAUGUCAUCCACUCUCCAGCGCCCAAGUUCCACCACACCAGGGGGCAAGCAUCACAAAAAGUCUGCAGACUCUAGUGGGAAGUACAACACCUUCAGCACAAGGGAAGGUUAUCGAGGUGGGAGUGAUGGGAGCCGUAGUCAUCUUGAAUUGGACCAGCGCACAUCGUUCUGUGAGAGGGGGGAGAGCCAAAGACGACAGAAUUCUAUUUUGGUAGAAAACUCCGCAGCCGAGGGCGUUGGAAUGAACAACCUCCCCCGUGACCAUCAUAGAAUACCCCGCCCUCCCUCCACUACCUCUGAUCGCCUGUUAGAUGCUGUCAACUUGGGGGACUGUGGCGCAGAUAACGAAGCUGCAGCUGUUGAGCAAGAUGAACAUCUAGUUGUGGCAUCAUUGCUGUCCCCAACCAAAAAAUCCAGAUUAGGAGGUUCGGACCAGGGAUCGGACAUACAAAACGAGCAUCAGCCGAUUUCCAGACAGCAGAGUGUUGCACGGUUGUGUGAGUACCAUCUAGCAAAACGGAUUUCCAAUUUGCAAGGAGAAGCCCACAGUUCACUCCAGGGUUCUCUGUGCUCAUCGCUGGAUGCUGGUGGCAGCACGAACAGUAGCGCCUGCGCCACCCCAACUGACUCACCCCUCGGCCCCAGUGCGGUUGAAUCGAAACACCACCAUUUGCAAAGGCACCCACUUUCUAGUUCCUCCUCCUCAUUACUCAGGGUGCUAAACUAUGAAGAUAACAAACCUGUAAUCCCUCGUGGCAGCCAGAGCACUCAGGGAAAAGACCUCCACCCUCAUGCUGACCCCACCCUCCUUCGGAAAAUGCUGCCCAACAUUCACCCUCCCGCUGCUGGGGCUGAACCAGGCCGCCCCUCCUCAGCCACACCGUCCAAGCAUAAAGAGACAACAGGUACUGGGAGCAAGAGGCCCCACAAUGAUCUGCAUGCUAAACAACAGGCCUCUUUUAAGGCGCUGAACCAAAAGGAAGGCAGCGAGGCCUACAGACAACUGAUUAACUAUCUAACAGUCAGCCAGAUGCAUCAGGGAGGGAAGCUGCACAGUGCAGGCAUGGGUGGGGCGGUAAAAAAGGACACCAGACGCUUUAUCACUAGCAACCCUCAGCUUGUGGAAAUGGUUAAGAAUAGGGGAAACACUAUUGCUCGCUGCCCAUGUAUGCCUUCCUCCAUAUCAUCCCCAUUCCUCAGCCCAAAUUUAGUAAACCCUAAUGCAACCGCUUUCCAGCUGGCAAAUAAAAAUCCACAGUCAUACCAUUCUGCAACGCUUCCUGCCAAACUCAAGAGAAGUCCUGACAUGCAUGCUCAGAGACUGAAUGAUGGUCUAGAUUUCAGGCCAGCUACUACUGAGAGGAGAAGCUCCUUUUCUGGCCUGGAGAGUGAACUAGAGAGGAGUGGUAUGGACCCAGAGCACUUCCUGUCACUGUAUAAGAAAGAAGGCUCUAUGAAUCGUAAUGGGGGAUUUGUAGCAGGUGGAAACCGCGAGGGUGCCACUAACCACCCCCCACCUCGGUCAAGAAGCCAACCUAGUAGCAGCACUGAGGACUGGUUCAGAUCAGACCCGAGGGCAAAGCAUGCAGUCCGUCAGUCUCCUCAUUCUCGUCCUAAUGAUUCUCUUUGUUUCUCUGCUGCCCCCAGUGUGAGUGGCCAACGAGCAGACCCCAACACCAUCUCACUAGGAAGGGGGGACCACCCCUCAGCUUUUGUCAGGCAGACAUCAACUACUAGGGCUUGCAUUACAUCUCCAACUCUCAACACACGAUCUCCAUCUCCUCCACCACCUCCCCCACCACCUCCUGUUUCCAAUCCCUUGCAAGCCAGCGCUAGCUCCAGCAACUCAGGAUGCAUGCAGGAUACCGUCCAUUCGUCCCGGACAAACCACAUCCAGGCUGUGACCCCCACCCUGCCACAGACCGAUCCUUUCUGCAACAGCCUGCAACGGGGCCGAGAGCUGAAGCGCAGCUCCAGCAAUGUGACGGACAGGUCUGGUAGCGUGGAGGUUCUGUUUGAUAAGCCAACUCGAAGCCGGAGCCAGCAGCCCCUGUCACCAUCUGUGCCCCAGCAAGGUGAGACCAAAGUCCAGCGGAGGCCGACAAGGAAGCGGUUGUCCAAGAGCUACUCCCAAGGCUCCGUAUCUUCCCACACGUGCUGGUCUACAGGCAAUCGGGUAGAUAGUCGAAGGGCGUCUGUGGCGUUUCCAUUGCAGAAAGACAAUAAACACAUGAAGGGCUCCCAAAAACUGGACACCAGUCCAUGGAGAUGCAACGGGCCUUUUAGCUACUGUUUCUUUAAACGUAAGAGUGAGGGAGAGGAUGAUGACAUUGAGUGGGAAAGGCCCAGACGAAGCCGUGGUGGGAAUGAUAAUGACAAUGGCGGUGCCGCUGCAUCAGCUAUAUUGCCCUGUGGCUCAGCAGUGGAUUUAGCUGGGGAGCAGCUGUACGGGGAGGUCCUCAAUAACAUGAGCUUUAGCGACCGUCUCUCAAGAAUCAAUGCACUCAAGGACCGCAUGUAUGGCUUCCCGUCUGGCUUCAUUGAUGUCCGCCGUGACGCCAGUGAGCUCAUUGCGCUAGUGAGAUCCAGUGUGGGUCGUUACGACCGUGGAGCUCAGAUGCCUCUCCAGGAUGUAUCCCAGUACAAGCAGCUCCUAUCUGUUGAGUCAAAAGAAUUAGGCAGGGCGUGCCGGAGGAUGGCGCAGGCCCACAGUAGUCCUGAGGAGAUGCUGCUAGCUGUGACAUGUAGCUUCCAGGUGCUGUGCUGUCUGUGUGAAGCUUGUAUGUGUCUGGUGAGGGGGCUCGGAGCCUCAGCCUCUCACCAACAGAGAGAAGUUGUGGCAAAGGUUGACGAGGUUGUCAUGAACUAUAUCUGUUUGCUAAAAGCGGCUGAGGCUGCAACUGUGGGAGCACCAGGGGAGCACAGCGUGAAAGCCCUGGUCCGCCACUCCAGUACAAUGUCGGCCAUUGCUAACGCACUCACCCGCUCCCUUAAAACGCUGCUUAGCAAGUAGAGGCUACUCUUUAUGCUUUAUAGUGUGGCCUACACAGUCAGUAGAAGUCUGUCUUUGAGCAUCUAGUUAUUUUUGAUUCAGCUUAAAAAGUUAUAUAUUUUUCAUAUAAUGUCUGGAUGGUCUCCAUAUCAAAAUCAAUUAAGUGUUGCAGUUGGAAAAAACAUUAGUUACACAAAGUUACACAAAACUGGGGAAAAAAUGAUGCUGAAAGGCAGUCCUAUCUGACUGCACUUGCUUUUUCUGAUGACAAUAUUGUAAUGUAAAUUUACAAAGCCAUACUGUCACAGACCUUUGUAAUAUGAUAUGUACCUAAUAGAUUUUACCCUGUGCAUUAUGUAACUUAUUUAAAAAAAAUGUAUAUAAUGUACAUAAAGACAAUAUGAUUAUAUCAUUUGCCGUAGCAGUUUCAAGAAGCCAUUGAGUAUUCAGAUUAAUUUGCUCUAAUAUUGUACAGGGCUGGAGAGAAUUCACUUUCAGAUCAAUAAAGUCAUUAAGUGCAGUUUUACCACAGAUAUUUAUAAUGUAUCCAUAGAAAUGUAAGUAAAGUGCAUCACUGUUAGCCCAGUGCAUAAAUUGUGACUGUCAUUGUAUUUAUACAAUUCCACCUAAUGUUAGGUUGAAUUUCUGAAUGACUGUUAAAGUGAAAUAAUUUCAGCCCUGUUGCAUUACGAUGCAGUUUUUCUUCCUUUUUUGUUUUUGCAACAUGAAAGGAACAUUUGUUAGAAAUGUUGAAAGUACAGGGACACUAGAAUUUCUCUUUUAGCACUGCUUUAUAAUUUAGCACAUAGAUUAUUUUCAAAUAACAAUAUUAAACAGUAAAUAACAAACUGUC